AUGGCAGCAUCUUCUGAAGCCCCUGAGUCAGGCUACGCAGAUACCUCUAAGGGAGAAGCAAACUUGGCAGAGGUCCAGCUACUUCGUGAGCACAACCAAUCGCUUUUCAGAGAAGCCGAAAAAUGGUCCAAGAGAGCUCAGGAGUUGGCUUGUGAAGUCGAUCAUUGGGCUAAGCAGGCCCAGUACUGGGCCAAUCGUGGCAAAAAGAGGGGUGAAGAGCCAGAAGACUCCGCAGUACCUGAGGAUUAUUCCAGCAUCCGUAAGUUGAGCAUGAGUUGUCUAUCUUCAAAUGGCUCUCCUAACGUUAAAGGUUCUUCUUCCACUACAGUAGGAUUGGAAGAGCUCAUAUCGCCAAAAGCAGACCCUGCGCUGAAGACAGAAUCUACCGACGAUACAGAGCGUGUGACCCCUAAGCGAGCGGUUGCCGUCCUCGAUGAAGAAACAAAGCGUCAUACUGUCGAUGCAGCCCCUCGAGUGCGCCGCCGUCUCUCAAAAGGGCUGCCGCCAUCUCCUAUUUCUGAUGACGAAGCACAGGAUGAUGCUCCUGAUAUUCCUGAUGCGGCUCCCCCAGUCCGCCGUCGCCUCUCAAGAGGGCUACGGCCGGCUACCAACCCUGUAAUUGUAGAUUUGGAUGGAGGCGAUAGUAGUCCGCCUCAAUUGUCUUCAUCACCAAUUGUCCCAGCCUCGGACAAGAGCACUGUUCAAUCGCUGACAAAUGAGGUAAAUACUCCAGUCGAUUAUCGUACGGAUACUUCGUCGCAAUUGUUCGGCUCCGAAUACAGCGAACACGCCGUCCAACACGAUGAAGAUAGGAUUCCUGUGCUUACACGAGACGAGCCAAGUCCCGAGCAUCGAGAAUCGUCACGGAGAAUCUCUCGCGUCAUUGCGAAGACAAAAAAGCGUGCAAGAUCCACAGAAUCAGAGGGACAUCAAGUCAAGAAAGUCAAGAAUAAGAGUACUGAUAAUACCCAAAGUCCUGAUACGAAUCGUGACUUGGGAGCGACGACUAAAAAGCCGAAAUUAUCCGCUGUAUUCGCCCUUGCGCCAGCAAAGAAAAAGUGGAAAGUCCCUGAGCAGCAAGCAGAACGGACAGCAGUAAAAACAGGUGCUUCUCUCACUGCUCCAAAGACUAGACCUGCGGCUACCGAAUCUACAAUACUGCAAGAUGAGGCGCCAGCUUCGGUCAUCAUACCAGCCUGGUAUCCGACCGUUGUUGCUCCUCAGAACGCGUACAGAAGUGAGAGCGUGACUUUACGAAGAGUCAACACACUGUUCAAUAACUAUACUGAUUCUCCCGUGCCACAAAAUGGACCCGAGAAUAUUCUCCGCAGCUACUUGCAAAAGAUGGCGCUUUUCAAUCUUCAGGGAAAAGAGAAAGGGGUCAUCAAGAAAAGCAGAUUACUGGUAGAUGGCUCCCUUCACAACAUUAUGAAUCAUAGUACGCUGCCAAUCGAUAUCCGCCAGGCCGCAGAAUAUUUGCAGAAACGGUGGUGGAAAGGAGAUACAGAUCCUGACCUCAUGCGCGGCAUCAAACGAGCCACAUCAAAGACUCAAAAAGACGCAAAUCAUACCACAUACACCAUCGAUACUGAAUUUCAACACCGCGUAUCGUGCAACUACGUCGGUCAAGGCGACCUCCACGUCGGCCAAUGGUGGCCCUUAAUGAUCUGCGCCGGCCGCGACGGAGCUCACGGAGAAAUCGAAGCCGGUAUCCACGGCCUCAACAAGACAGGCGCCCUUUCCAUCGUGAUAUCCGGUGCCGGUUACGCAGACAUCGAUGACGGCGACCACAUUCAAUACUGCGGCACCGUCAGCAGCAACCCUCCAGAACCAUCAUCCAGCACCAAGCUCAUGCUCACGGCCCACAAGGAACACCAAUCCCUCCGAGUUCUUAGGUCAGCUAAAGGCAAGAAUACUACCUACCGUCCGAAGAAGGGGCUGAGAUACGAUGGUCUCUACACCAUCAAAUCAUUCGAGAUUAUUGAUAAAGCGACUGCCUUGCACCGCUUCAGCCUUGAACGUGAUGAGGGCCAAGAUCCUAUUCGCCAUGAAGGGCUGGCCGUUCGGCCGUGUCAGCCUGAGCUUGAUGCGCUGGCUAAAGAUCAGGCUUUAAGCCGACAGAGCCAGAUGUGA